AUGUUUCGCAAAAGGAGCGGCCAAAAGCCCGAUGAAUAUUUGAUCAGGGACUUCCAAAACAAGUUCGGCCAUGUUGCCACCACUUCGUAUAUCCCUGAGACUGGGAUUCAACCCAACCAGAUCGUUGCUUCCAAUGCCAGCGGGCAGGCCCUGUCGACUUUCGAUCCCAGCCCGACGUUAUUCCCACCGAACCCCGCCUUCGCGUCCUCCCCGUUGAGUCGGCAGCACUGUUCCUGCACCCUGUUCAAGAGUCGUAUGUGUGCGGUACUCCAUAGCCCCGCGGGGGAUUUGCACACUCCGAUGCAUGAGUGUGAAUCUGUCCCCACGGCAUUAUCGCCCUGGGGGCGGAUGCCUGGUGGGCAGCAUGCCGACCCCCAUGCACACGAUGCAUACCAGAACGAAUACUUUCGCCGCCCCGUGUUCCCUUGGCGAAGUUCCAAUCCAUUCUUCCAACAACCCUCAUACUCACCCAGAUCAUUCAUGCUGCAGGACCCCAAUCCUGGUCUCGACCCUGUGGAGCCCCUCCCGAAGACGAGCUUUGGGCAUUCCGAUCCCUCGGCACUGUAUAACUCUCCAUUCCCUUUCUCUCCGCGCGAGGUAGAUUCUGAUGAUAGCCUUAUUAGUUCCACCCACCCGUCGUCAUUCCGGUAUCAGGUGGUCUUGCAUGCAGCGACAGCCACCUACAACAAGGAAUACGAAAUCCCCGUUACCUAUCUCAAUCGGCGCCAAGCAUAUAAAGUCUCGGUUGUCGACACGGCGCCCCCUUUCACCUCGAGUCCCGUCCGUUAUCGAACGCAUGUCCGAAUCUCCUUCGACGAUGAUAAGCAGCGUGCUGACCCCGUAGCGGCCUGGAAGCUUUGGAUGGAUGGGCGUGGGCUGGCGGAGGCCCGUGAGGCUAACUCCAAGCUCGCGGCUGUAGAAUUUGUUGACGUGAAGCCAAGCGCCAUGGGCUUUGCUGAGACUCACAUAGAGUUGGAGAGCUCCUCACUGGAUGGAUUCUGCGUUGCCUGGACCAGUCAUCCGCGAUCGGGCCGAUUUGGCUGCGAGCUACACGUUCUCUUCAACUUUCUAUCCACCGACUUCAGCUUGUCCAAAGGAGUCAGAGGCGCUCCUCUCCGGCUAUGCGCUAAGACGGAAGUGGUUUCAUCAGACUCGUUGCUUCAGGAUCCGUCCCAUGUCUGUGCGCCGGAGAUCUCUUGCUGUAAGGUUAAGUUGUUCCGAGAUCACGGGUCGGAACGGAAGAUAGCGAAUGACAUCGCACAGCUCAAGAAGGCAAUACAGCGUGUCGAGGAGUCCAUCGCUCACUCUGGGACUGACGGCAACCGUGGCUCCAGUAAACGGAAACGCGGGAGACUUCCUCUGGUCGCUCGAGGCUCCGAGGCCAGCGUACAGCAGCUCGCUCCGACCGACAUGCACAACACGCAUGAGCCUCCGGGCGCUGACAAUCCUGCCGCCGAUGAGGAUCCUCAGAAGGUAUUGUUCGUCCUGAGGAUGAUGCUUUCAUCUUCCCAGCCAUAUAGCCUGUUGUCGCUGCCAUGUGAUGAACGUGACGAUCCAGAUCGGUUCCCUGUCCUGUUGCCGAAUCCCCUACUCGGGCCUCUGCUGGCAGAGCGCCCUCUUACCGGCACAGACUUCUCCUCGGAGCUAAGCACGGAUGGUGAGUGGGGAGGGGUAUUACAGCAGCAUGCAGACAAGGACCCAUACCCUUCCGGCGUCGCACAUACUCAUUUCGUGUCACCCCGAGCAGUCAGCUCUAUGAGCCAGGAUGUCGACAGUCGAAACGUUCCUAACCGACCAUUAACCACGAUGAAUAUACCGAUGCGUAGCCGUGUAGGCAACCAUCAACGUGCCGUUGCCUGUUUUUAUGUUAUUCGACGUAUCGACGGCCAAAAUGAGGCUUACCACCAUGCCGUGUACCUGUUCCAACGAACCUUAGCGGACUUCAUGAAGCAACUCUCUCGAAUUCAGAAGAUACCUCCAGAGAACAUCAUCCGAGUAGUUCGCAUCAACUCGGCGGGCUUGCGCAUCCUGGUCGAUGAUAAUGUGGUCCGAGAAACGCCUGAAGGCCAGGACAUGGUUGGGGAAUUUGUGCAGAUAGAGGAUUCUACGAACCCCUCGUCCAGCUGGCAGGUCAACCUGUUCUAUUAA